UUAAUUUCGUAUAUCGAUGGUUGACAAUCAACAACAGCAACAACAACAACAACAGCGACAGCAACAACGGCAAACAUCAUCAUCAAUCAACAUUAAUCAUUGUCAACAGAUUAUUAAACAUGGUUAUCGAAUAAAUAAUCUAAUUGGAACCGGAUCAUAUGCUUGUGUUUAUAAAGCACAACAAAUACGAUUCAAUCGUAUGGUAGCAAUUAAAUUUAUUAAUUUUAAUCAAUGUUCAGAUUAUUAUCGUAAAAAUUUUCUCCGUUAUGAAAUACAUAUCAUACGAAUGUUGAAUAAUAAACCACAUGUGAAUAUAAUAGAUUUCAUUGAAGCAUUCAAUAUUGAUCAACCACCAACAAUCAAUGGUUAUGUUAUUGUUAUGGAAUUUAUUGAAAAUGGUACAUUAAGAGAUCGUAUAUUGGAAAAAGGACGACAAAGUGAAAGACGUUCACGGCUAUUGUUUCGUUCUAUUUGUAAUGGUUUACUUCAUAUGCAUGAAAAUCAAAUAGCACAUCGUGAUGUUAAAUUGGACAAUAUUUUACUUACCAUUGAUGAUCAGCCAAAAAUUUGUGAUUUUAGUUUAUCGAUACUAUGGACAAAUAAUAAUGAUCGUAAAAAAUUAUGUGAAGAUUAUUGUGGAACUGAAUUGUAUUUACCACCGGAAAUUUAUCGAAAAAUUCCUUACAAUCCAAUGGCAUAUGAUGUUUGGAAUUGCGGUGUAUGUCUAUACAUUGUCACCAGCGGUAUGUUUCCAUUUCAUUCGGAUGAUGAACAACUGGUUGUACAACAUCAAUUGAAUCAUAAUUAUCGUCAACAAUCACAAUAUCAACGAUUAUCCACUAAUCUAAAACAAUUGAUCAACAGCAUGUUGGAACCAGAUUUCAAUAAACGUUUAAAUAUCAAUGAAGUUUUAUAUUCAAAAUGGUUCAACAGUAUUAGUGAUAACAAUAGUAUCAAUAUUCAACAACGUACAAUCAGCCGUAAUAGUAAUAAUAAUCGACGACAAUCAUUAUUUCAAUCGAUAUCGAAAAAAAAUAAAUUUUCUACUUUGAAUAUCAAUAAAAAACGAUAAUGGUGAAUGAUUAAUGGUAAUCAUUUGCAUAUUUAUUAAUUAAUCAAAAAAAUUUUAUUAAAUUGCUAAUUCAU